AUGGAAAACCCACAAAAGAACGUGUGGUACUUGGAUAUAAGUUGCAGUAAUCACAUGUGUGGAGAAAAGUCAAUUUUCUCUACCUUCGAUGAAAGAGAUUUCAAAAUUUGGGCUAAAGAUAACACUGUCCAUACCAUCUCUAGUGUUUUCUUUGUCCCGAGUUUCAAGAGCAAUUUGCUGAUCUUGAGACAACUGCAUGAAAAGGGAUAUGAGAUCAAGAUUAUAGGAGGAGCUUGUCAGAUACAUGACCAAAAGAGGGGCUUAAUUGCUAAGGCUUACAUGAUGACAAAUCGAAUGUUUCCAUUACAUAUUCAGAGUGAUGAUCCUACGUGUUUCUCUACCAAGGUCAAUGAUCCAGCGUAG